CCGGCUCGCCCGGCUCCUGCGAGCGCAGGUAACCGCGGCGCUGCGCGCUCCGCCGCGGCGCCUCCCCCGUCCGCGUCCCUCUCUGCUGCCGGGCUUAAAGGGCGGCCGCCUCCCCUGCGCUGCCGGCAGCUCUGCCCGUCCGUCUCGAUCGCUCGGCUGAAAAAUCUAUUUAUUAGCACCAAGCCCCCCUCGCCGCAAGUCCAGCUCAUAGCACGCUUGCCUUUCUGCGCAGUACGCUUUAUUGCUGGAGUUUAAAAAGUACCCCCCUCCCCACCCGGUUGUAUUGACACUGAGGAUGAAGAAGGAUUUGCAAGUGAAAGCGCCUUGAAAGGCAGCAGCGCUUGGAGCGAGCUCUGCUCUUUGCCUCUUGAGCCGCGAAUUCCACCCUUUGCCCCUGCUCGGCCCGCCCGUCUGCCCUUUACUCCGUGGGCUAAAACACCGGCUGCCAGCGGCAAACCCGGCGAGAAGCCCCCUUUGGCAGUGGGGGCCUCAGGGGCGCGGAGCGGCCGAGAAGAGGAGCCUUUCGUCUGCGGCGGGCCGCUAGAAUUAUUUUGGAGGCAAGGAGAGUGUCAAGUGAUUUGGCCUACUGAAGAGGAGACUGAAGCCAUCUCUGAGAGGAGAUCUUGGACUAGCAGGAGAAAAGCCGGGUGUCCCUCCAUGUGUCAGAACUCCUCCUCCUUACUAAGGAAGUCAAAGUGAAGGAAAUAGGUCAAGGGCAUCUUUUACAUUCCACCCAAAAGGCACCACAGUUUGAGAUGAGGAAUUCAGAAGAGCAAGCAGCUACGACAGUUUUACAGCGCCUGCUGCAGGAGCAGCUCAGAUACGGAAACCCAAAUGACAACCGUAACCUUCUUGCCUUACAUCAACAAGCCACAGGAAAUGCCCCCCCUUUCAACAGCACUGGGAGUCCAGCAUCUCAGAACGAAGGGCUGAGCACCCAGGACCACCAGCUUGUGACUCAUGCUGCCCGUCAGGAGCCCCAGGGCCAGGAGAUACAGGUGGACAACAGCAUCAUGGAGAAGCAGCUCUCCCCACGACUUCAGAACAGUGAGGAUCUCCCAACCUAUGAGGAAGCCAAAGUGCAGUCACAGUAUUUCAGGGGCCAACCACAUGCUAGUGUUGGGGCAGCGUUUUAUGUAACGGGGGUCACCAACCAAAAGAUGAGAACUGAAGGGCGGCCCACAGUUCAGCGUGUGAGCCCAGGGAAGGUCCACCAGGAUGAAGGACUUAAGGACCUCAAGCAAGGACACGUCCGCUCCUUGAGUGAGAGGCUGAUGCAGCUGUCCUUGGCCACCAGCGGUGUCAAGGCCCAUGCGCCUGUCACGAGCGCACCACUCUCCCCUCUCUCUCCACUUUCUCCUCAGCAGUCAAGCGACCCGUAUAAAAAUUCUGGUUCUAAUGAGUUCUACAAGAACUCGGUGCAGCCCCCUUCCCAGCCCAACCUGAAAGGGAUGGAGCAGCGGGGUCCUCCUCCAGAGUAUCCUUACAAAAAUGUGUCCACCCCAUCCAUGAACUGUAAACCUCAGGACUCGGGACAUUUCUAUAGUGAUCAUCGCGUGAGCCAGCAGGGAAGAUCUGAUGGGCCUAUGAUGAGGUAUCAGCAUCCCCCUGAAUAUGGGUCAGUCAGGCAGAACCCAGAUGUGCAGCUGCAGUUACAACAGAGACCACCUCACCACCACAGCCCGACUUCUUCCUUAACGUCCUUGGGGUCUUUGACUUUGCUUCAGUCUCCGCCACCAUCCAGGCUAUCCCCUUCCCAGCAUCAGCAACCUCUGACUCCAAGCCAGGGAGAUCCUGCCAUUCUGCCAAGGACCCAGCAGCCAUUCUUGUCAAACCAAGUCCAUCAGGGAGAUUUGUACCGACUAUGUCAGCCCUUCCUAGGACCGCAGCAGCAGCAAGGCGACUCCUACUCAGUAAUGUCCAGGGCUCAGCAAAUACCUUCCCCUUAUCAGCAGAUGCAAGUAGAUCCUUUUGCCAUAGUUUCCAGGGCCCAGCAGAUGGUAGAAAUCUUGUCAGAAGAGAACCGAUCUUUACGACAGGAGCUGGAUGGGUGUUAUGAGAAAGUAGCCCGGUUGCAGAAGCUGGAAACAGAAAUUCAACAAGUUUCAGAAGCAUAUAAAAACCUGGAGAAAUCGUCCUCUAAGCGGGAUGCCCUGGAAAAGGCCAUGAGAAACAAGCUAGAAGGAGAAAUUCGCAGGCUUCAUGAUUUCAACAGAGACCUGAGAGAACGUAUGGAGACAGCCAACAAGCAGCUUGCAGAGAAGGAAUUUGAGGGGUCUGAGGACAAUCGGAAAACCAUCUCUCAACUGUUUGCACAAAACAAGGAAACACAGCGAGAAAAGGAGAAACUGGAAAUAGAACUUGCUGCUGCACGCUCCGCAAAUGAGGACCAGCGAAGACACAUUGAGAUCCGAGACCAGGCCUUGAACAAUGCUCAGGCCAAGGUGGUGAAACUGGAGGAAGAGCUCAAAAAGAAGCAGGUCUAUGUUGAGAAGGUGGAAAAGAUGCAACAGGCAUUGGUUCAGCUGCAGGCAGCGUGCGAGAAGCGGGAGCAGCUGGAGCAUCGGCUACGGACCCGGCUGGAAAGAGAGCUGGAAUCUCUCCGCAUGCAGCAGCGCCAGGGUACGUCUCAGGCUGCCAAUGUCUCGGAGUACAACGCCACAGCACUCAUGGAGCUCCUGCGCGAGAAGGAAGAACGGAUUCUUGCUCUGGAAGCUGACAUGACCAAGUGGGAACAGAAGUACCUGGAGGAGAGUGUGAUGAGACAGUUUGCUUUGGAUGCAGCUGCAACUGUGGCUGCUCAGAGGGACACGACAGUGAUCAACCACUCGCCUAACCCUAGCUAUGACACCUCGCUGGAAGCUCGCAUUCAGAAGGAGGAGGAAGAGAUCCUGCUUGCCAACAGGAGGUGUCUCGACAUGGAGGGCAGGAUCAAGACUCUGCACGCUCAGAUCAUUGAGAAGGACGCCAUGAUCAAAGUCCUGCAGCAGCGCUCCCGGAAGGAGCCUGGUAAGACAGACCAGCUCUCCUCGAUGAGACCCGCCAAGUCGCUGAUGUCUAUCUCGAACGCUGGCUCGGGCUUGCUGUCUCACUCAUCAACACUGAGCAGCACUCCCAUCCUGGAGGAGAAGAGGGAGGACAAGAGCUGGAAAGGCAGCCUAGGUGUUCUGCUGGGAACAGAAUAUCGCUCCGAAUCCAUUCCUUCCACCCCCUCUCCAGUCCUUCCUUCCACCCCGUUGUUGUCAGCACACUCGAAAACAGGCAGCAGAGACUGCAGCACCCAGACUGACCGGGGGAAUGAGCAAAGCAAAGCUGCAUCUUCCACGGCAGCUCCCACCCCAGGGCGGCUCCCUGGUACCGGUCUGGCCUACAGUGCAGACAAAACAGAUGGGCCAGUCUUCCACUCCAGCACUCUCGAAAGAAAAGCCCCUGUUCAGAGCGUGGGGCAGGACCUCCCAGACGGAGAGAUGGUAGAAUACCUCAUCUGAAAGGCUGAACUGGGAUCUGAGCUGGGAUACAGUAGCAAGAAUUUUUUUAAAGACGUUUUUAUUGGGAAAAUUUGUAGUACCUGAGUAAUAAAAAGAACACUCAGCUCUUUGCUCUUGUAUAUUAUGUCUCAGAAGUAUGGACAGGUUAAUUUAUAAUUUGUUCUAAAUUAUCAAAACCCCGUAACACUUGUUCUUUGAAAGUUUCCCUGCUUAUUUUUUAAAUACUGGAUCUGGUAACAUCUGGAGAAAAAAACAUGGUCUUAGGUGCACUAUAUCUUAUAUAUCAUUUCAGUAUUUUAAAAGUCUUAUCUUUUUAAAACAAGCAAAAGUACCUGCUCAGUAGUGUGUUAAUUAUCUAGCUUGAACAUGGUAAGAUGGAGGUAAUGGCCUUAAAAUGAUCAGAACGAGAAUGUGGGCCCUGGUUGUGAGCAUCACUUACGGUUUCCGAAUACAGGUGUUCUGAGGAGCUUUUAUAAACUUCUGUGCUGUGGUCAAGGGAGACUUCUCUUUACUCACAAUGUGAGAAGUCAGAAUAGGUAUUUCAUAUUCACAGGCUGGAAAGAUUUCUAUAUUCAGUGUGCUGACAUUUUUUUUUUAGUUCUGAAAUUGUGCUAUUUCUUUACAAAAAGUACAACUCCAGUGUCACACUUGACAUUUUCAGUUGCGUCAGAAGAUUUGCCAUACUUUCAUACAUAAAUACUUUUUCAAUAAUUUAUACAGUGAAUAAUAAAUAAUAUAUUGCAUUCAUGCUUUACGUAAAUAAAUAAAAAGAACAGCGUACAGGCUCAGCCCUGAUCUCUGUUAGAUUAGUUUUCUGCCGUUGUAAUCCCACUGGCAUAGUGGAAUUACUCCAAAUUUACAGUAGAGUAAGCGGCAAGCCCCCUUGCUUUCCAGUGUUAGCAAACUGAUCUGCUACCUCUGUGGAGGCCUUUAGCAGAUCUUUCUCCACUGCAAAUCCCCUUCUACCUUGUACAUCCCUCAUUCUCAGAGAGACUAGAUUCUUUUUCAUACAGCGGUGCUUCCCGAGCUAGAAACUUUAGACAGUAGCUUUGGGUUUCACGUGUCAAGUUGUGGCCUUCCAGAAUAGUUUUCAUCAUCUGACUGGAGAGAGCAGCUUAAAGAAUAUCCCAGAAUCAUUAAAGACGACAGUUGCACAUUUUAGGGAUCGAUUUCUCUUUCGGAUUCUUGGGAACCAGCACAAAUGCUGCGAUGCUCUGGCUGCAAAUGCUAUAAGGAGAUACUAAGACCAAUACAAGUAAAUGUUUUGUGACUUUUUGUUACUGUCUUUGUGUAACUAAAACACUUCAAUAUUGAAUUCCUACUAAAAAUUACUUUUUUUUUUUUUUUUUUUAACUUGAAUGUUAAAAUAUUUAAUUAGCCAGUGGUCACAUGUCAAGAACCUGGCUGGUCUCAGCUUUCUUUGCAGCAUUAGAGUAGGCAGAUUUCAAUUUCAGACCCUUUCAUUCCAGAAAUAAGGAAAAUAAGCAAUUAAUCGUCCAACAAUUACUGAAUGUCCUCAAUUCUUACUCAGUUGACACUGUUGUUGCAGUGUCCAGUUGAAAUGGCCUUACCAGAUCGACAGAUACAACGUGAAUUUUCCUGUGGAAGGUUGGGAGGUGAAAGGAGAGAAGUGCCUUUUCCUUUUCUGUCUACCCCUCAGGUGACUUAUCAGUGCCUAUAGAGCCGCCGGGAGCUGGAGCCCGUUUGCCUUUAGGGAUAACUGCUUACGAAAGCAAGGCAGCUUGUUGCUGUUCUGCAGCCCGUAUUCUUAGACCCACCAAAAUUAGAGAUGACAAAAUGUGUGUGCAGCCUCUUUGCCAGUGACACCUUUAACAGGCUGAGCGAACGCCCUCCCUCCCCGUGGCGUUAGACACUCCAGAGCUGCACUUUCAGGCUUAGACGCUCUGCUGUAUGGGGCAGCGUCUUCCUGAGCAGUGUCGUAGACCUCCUUAUAAUUUGUCUGAAUUGGUUCUCCACCCUUUUCUGGACAAACUGUUAACAGGCUGUAAGCUAUUCUCAGGGAUGAGAACGAAAAUUUAUUUCUGUUGGCUUCGUUCCAUCCCAUUAUAUGAAGUAAUGCCCGCUCCGGACAAUUUUAAGUGAUUUCUUUUCCUCCUCCACAGUUGUCGGAAAUGCAGGAGACGCUUUUCUCAUUAGAUCACUGUGUCCAUCUUUCUGCCAUUUCAGGAUCAUUUUCUAUAUUACAUAAUGUGGUUUGGGCUUAGAAUGAACAAUAACGGAGGUCGAAACCCGUGAUGUGUGUGCAUAUGCAUGUCUGUCUCAGGGACAGAGAUGUUUGAAUGUUUUUCUGUUCUUUUAUAGUUGGGAAAAGUUAUAUUCCAUUUUUUUCAAGUGCUUUUCAGCAGUAGGAAAGGAGCUCUACAGCUGUAGGGCUUUAGACAAGCUGUUCCAACUCAGUUGAUCCACACUAAUUCUAAAACAUGUAGGAAAACGGAUCAUUUACUGACACACUGAUUUUUCCCCCAGCAGGUAUUGACUGUUCAGCUGGACUAGAUUAAAAAUAAUGUGUUCAUUGUCCUUCUAACUCAUUGUUUUCAAACUGAAUUCCACUGUCGUCUACUUUUACAAAGAAAGAAGGAUAUAAUAGCUUUCUGUGAAUAAAAUACAGAUUAUGCACAAGAGUUACCUCCUCCAAAAAUGGAGAUCUCUGACAGUACGAGCCAUCAGGAUCGCCUAGUGACGUUAGCAGUUCUUACCCCAGCGCAAGUAAAAUUGAAAGAAAACGUUGCAAUUUUGCAUGUUUUGGUCAGGUUCUUUGCCCUGUUUUUUAGUUUGGGUUUCUUCCAAAAGUAACUCUGCCCCUAGCUCUCCUGCCGUGGAAGUCUGUGCUCAUCUUCCCCUACCGACAAACUGGGAGCCUGCAGGAACGUGUUUGUUCCCUUGAGCUUCCUCGGAGCCAUCCUCAUGUGAAUGUCAAAGAGCUGCUUUCUUGGAGGGAGACGUGUACUAUAGUCGUUGUCUGUCUCUCCAUAGAGAUUUUUAUAUUGUUUUUAAGCAGAAACUGCUUUGAGAAGACAAAUUGCGCACCUAAUUCCUUUUACUUCUGUAGAGCUUAUUCCUAGUAGAAAGUAACUUUUAACACAGAAUGAUUGCAAUGACCUUCUUUGCAAGCCAAAACUUUAGACCAAGAGUUUUUCUUAAACUCGGGUGUUAGAAGCAGAAUUGUAGCUUUUAUAAAGAAAGCCACAUAUUCUUCUUUGUAGAGCAAAACAAAAAAAAUCAAGUUUAGUUAUUUUUCUCUCUCCUUUUGCUGCUUCCAGAACGGCCAAAUUUGCGAGCCCUUUCCCUGGGCAGUCCCGUUGCUGUUGGAAGGCUUGGGAAGCUGCCUAGGAUCCGGAGCCUUUUGUAGCCCGGUGUCCUUAUUAACUUUGUGUGACACUUAUUAACUUUAAAUAGCUCCUACCUGGCAACCGCUGUGGGAUCUGGAGCAGUAAUUUUUGGUCUGUGGUCUGAGGACCCUUGGGGAUCAGGGGACUGUGCAGGGGGGCUCUUGUAGGCAAAUGCUACUAGGGAGCUUAAAUUCUUUGUACGUGGUCUGUGCCUGUUUGGCAAGUUCGUAGAGAUCGGCUCAAUCCGGGGUGCUGCGAAUGCGUUAGUUUUGCUUCCUUUCGGAGGCUGCCCGAGCGAGGGGCCUUGCAGGGCUCGAGCCGGCCGCGGCCCGUGCGCCGGCUCCGCCGCGGUCUCCGGAGCCGCCCGUACAGUGAAUCCUGGUAACCGCGCCCGGGGGACCCGUUUUUCUGGUGGUUAUAAAGUGGUGGCACCAUCAGCUCAGCGCAGUGGGCAGAGCGAAACCCCAGAGGUAAUUUGGCUUUCCCUCCCUCCGUCCGCAGAGCCUGGCGAAGGUUAGCCCGGAUUCACUGCGCUUCUCGCUGCGUUUUGCUCCGGGCCGGGGGCUGGGGAGGGAUCCUCUUUUCAUGUAUUUGUAUAGGAACUUUUUUUAAAAAAGCUAGCAUUUUUAUGUCUAGAAAGUAAAAAAAAAAAAAAGUAAAUAAAAAAGACAUUGUAAAAUGUAAUUGUACUGUAUUUAUGAAGAAAAUACAUUUCUUUUCAAAAAGAUCUUGCUCUAA